GAAUUGUGUGUUUGCAGGUUGAUGAAUAACAACCGUAUCUCCACGCUGGAGCACGGCUGCUUCAGUAACCUGUCCAACUCGCUGCUGGUGUUAAAACUCAACAAGAACCGGCUGAGCUCCGUCCCGCCCAAGAUCUUCCCGCUCCCGCACCUGCAGACCCUAGAGCUGAGCAGGAACCGUGUUCGGCGUAUCGAGGGUCUGGCGUUUCACGGACUCCACGGCCUUCGCUCGCUGAAGAUCCAGAGGAACGGCAUCACACGCCUCAUGGACGGGGCUUUCUGGGGUCUCAACAACAUGGAAGUGCUACAGCUGGAGCACAAUAACCUGACGGAGGUGAGUAAAGGCUGGCUCUACGGGCUCCUGACGCUGCAGAAACUUCAUCUGUCGCACAACACCAUCAUCCGCAUCAGAGCCGACGCCUGGGAGUUCUGCCAGAAACUCUCCGAGCUGGAUCUGAACUGGAACCAGCUGACCCGUUUGGAGGAAGGCAGUUUCGUCGGACUCAGUGUCCUCGAGCAGCUCCACGUCGGACACAACCGCGUCAGUUUCAUCGCCGACGGAGCGUUUCGAGGCCUCGCCAACUUGCAGACGCUAGAUCUGAAGUGUAACGAGAUCUCAUGGACCAUCGAGGACAUGAACGGCCCUUUCUCUGCUCUGGACAAUCUGAGGAAGCUGUUCCUCCAAGGGAACCGCAUCCGAUCGGUCACCAGGAAGUCUUUCACAGGCCUGGACGAGCUGGAGCAACUGGAUUUGAGCAACAACGCCAUCAUGUCGCUGCAGGCCAACGCCUUCUCUCAGAUGAAGAAGCUGACGGAGCUGUACAUCAUGCGUGUGUUGUUGUGCGCUGCAGAUGAUUUCCCCAAACCCCAGAUCACGGUUCAGCCCGAGACACAAUCCGCCAUUAAAGGCACGAACGUGACUUUCGUGUGUUCGGCGGCCAGUUCCAGCGACUCCCCGAUGACCUUCGCCUGGAAGAAAGACAACGAGGUCCUGAACGACGCAGAGAUCCACAACCAGGCCCACCUGCGGUCUCAGGUCAGCGAGGUCACGGAGGUCACAGAGGUCACGGAGGUCACGGAGUACACCACCACACUACAGCUGAGAACCGUGGACUUCUCCAGCGAGGGCAAAUACCAGUGCGUGAUCUCCAACCACUUCGGCUCCUCGUACUCCAGCAAAGCCAAGCUAACCGUCAACAUGCUGCCGUACUUCACCAAGAUGCCGAUGGAUCUGUCGAUCCGCGCGGGAGCUACGGCUCGACUGGAGUGCGCGGCUAGCGGACACCCGUCUCCUCAGAUCGCCUGGCAGAAAGAUGGAGGCACGGAUUUCCCAGCGGCACGUGAGCGCCGGAUGCACGUCAUGCCGAGAGACGACGUGUUCUUCAUGGUGGACGUGAAGACGGAAGACAUCGGUGUGUACAGCUGCACGGCCCAGAACACCGCAGGAGCCGUCUCAGCUAACGCUACGCUAACUGUGCUGGAAACGCCGUCGUUCCUGCGCCCGCUGAUGGACCGUUCGGUGGCGACGGGUGAGACCGCGGUUCUGCAGUGUAUCGCGGGCGGGAGUCCGGCACCCCGACUCAACUGGACCAAAGACGACAGCCCGCUAGUCGUGACGGAGCGGCACUUCUUCGCCGCGGGGAACCAGCUGCUAAUCAUCGUGGACGCCGCCGAGGGAGACGCGGGAACAUACACGUGCGAGAUGUCCAAUCCUCUGGGAACGGAGCGUGGGAACGUGCGUUUGGCCAUCAUUCCCAACCCCAACUGUGACCCGGGCGUGUCCAUCGGGGCCCCGGCGGGACGAGGGUCUGAGGACGACGGCUGGACCACCGUGGGCAUCGUGAUCAUCGCGGUGGUGUGUUGCGUGGUGGGGACGUCUCUCGUGUGGGUGGUGAUCAUUUACCACACGCGCCGACGCAACGAGGACUGCAGCGUCACCAACACAGAUGAGACGAAUCUGCCGGCGGAUAUCCCGAGCUAUCUGUCGUCUCAGGGAACGCUAGCGGAGCGCCAGGACGGGUUUAUGGCGUCUGAGAGCGACAGCCAUCAGUACAUCAGCUCCUCCAUCGGGGGCUUUUACAUGCCGACCAAAGACAUGAGCAGCCUCUGCCAGCUGGACACAGGAAGUGAUGCGGACAUGGAGGUGAUCGACCCGAUGCUCUGCCGUUAUCAGGGGCCGGUCGGUUCAAUGCUGAGACGCUACAGCCCCGAUCCUCCCGAGUCCUACACAGACCCGAGGCUCGUCUGCAGCGAAUCCUUCAGCAGGAACUGGGAGUUCUACACCUGUAGCUCCGCCCUCGAACCCUUCGAUCACAUGAUGACGAUGCUGCCCGCCGACACAGAGUGUGUGGAGGAGUGUGUGCGAGGAGAGUGUGUUCUGGGCUCCCCGGCUUCAUAUAUGGGAACGUUCGGGAAAGCGUGGCGUCCUCAUCCCGGAGUCGUGCUUCAGGAGAACCCAUACGCCGGCACUCACCCGGACCUCGACGUGUACGAGACGCCCUUCGACAACAGGACGAACUUUCCCGCCUCGUAGCGGCACGUCAUGUGACUUUACGUUCCUCCAACCAGGACGAGCGAAAACUAGACACGUUCUACCUCAGAAAGAGCUUCGGCUGAAUGUAAAUGAUGACACGUUUGUACAGAAAGAUGCAUUUUAUACAAAACUAUAUUUUGUAAAUUAAUUAUUUUUCCUA